AUGUCGCUCCAGGUUGACAAUGUGACCUUGGCUCGCCGCGGAGAGCAGGUCGAUGGCACCCUCCAUCUAACCCCUCAUCACCUCAUUUUUUCGCACACCCCACCAGUAUCUCCAGAAGACCAGAUAAAGGGCGUGACAACAAGGCCAAGAGAGCUGUGGAUCACAUAUCCUAUCAUCGCUUUCUGCACCCUGCGGCCAGCUCCCGCCGCCUCCCGCCAGCUCUCUUCCAUCCGUCUUCGAUGCCGAGACUUCACGUUCGUCUGUUUCUACUUUAUAAAUGAGCACAAAGCACGAGAUGUGUUUGAAACUAUCAAACAAUGGACAUGCAAAUCUAGUCGUAUCGAUAAGCUUUACGCCUUUAGCUAUCAGCCUCCCCCGCCAGAAAAGGAGUUUGAUGGGUGGCAGCUGUAUGACCCGCGCAAGGAAUGGGCACGCCAGGGCUGCUUGGAUGAAGGAAAAACAUGGCGCCUUUCAGAGAUCAAUGUGAACUAUGAGUUCUCCCCAACCUAUCCCGCCCUCAUCCCCGUACCUUGUUCCAUAUCCGACAAUACACUUAAUUAUGCGGGGCGCUAUCGAUCCCGAGCAAGAAUUCCAGCCCUCACAUACUUUCACCCUAUCAAUAAUUGCACUAUCACCAGAAGCUCACAGCCGCUGGUCGGUGUCCGUCAGAACCGAAGCAUUCAAGACGAAAAGCUUAUGGCUGCUAUAUUCUUGACGUCUCGCUCCGAGCGGCCACUGGCGAGUUUCUCAGCCACAGAGAAAGAAACAGACUCAAGCUGUUCAGAGACGAGUCAGGUGGCAGUUCCAGAGUUGAACUAUUCCGAGGAAAUUGAGGACAACUUGUUAGCCGCCACAAGUGGCGAUUAUGAGGACCACCGCUCGAUAUAUGGCGCCCAGCAAUCGAACCUGAUCGUAGACGCACGCCCAACAGUGAAUGCAUUUGCCAUGCAGGCCGUGGGACUUGGGUCAGAGAACAUGGACAACUACAAAUUCGCUACCAAGGCAUAUCUUGGUAUCGACAACAUUCAUGUCAUGCGAGACUCGCUAAACAAGGUGAUUGAUGCCUUGAAGGAGUCAGAUGUUACUCCGUUAGGGCCAAAUCGUGACCAGCUAGCGCGCAGCGGCUGGUUGAAGCACAUUGGCGGGAUUUUGGAGGGAGCAAAACUGAUAACUCGUCAAGUUGGUCUCACCCAUUCUCAUGUUUUGAUCCAUUGCUCUGAUGGCUGGGACCGCACAAGUCAGCUUAGUGCGCUGAGCCAGAUUUGUUUGGACCCCUACUUUCGGACGCUGGAGGGCUUCAUGGUGCUGGUAGAGAAAGACUGGCUUUCAUUUGGACACAUGUUCCGACACCGGUCCGGUCAUUUGAAUAGCGAAAAAUGGUUCCAGAUCGAAAAUGAACGCAUCGGCGGAGAUCCCAACCGUGCCUUUGGUGACGGUGGGGGUGCGGGAAAGGCUAUUGAAAAUGCAUUCCUUAGUGCCAAAGGAUUCUUUGGUCGGGACAACAAUAGCCGUGACUCUUUGCCGGACACAGAUGGAGAGCUUCAGAACUAUGACUCUGACACUCCUGUGAAGAAGCCUACUACGCCACGCUCAGGGGUGUCUGAGAAGGAGAUAACCAAACCAAAAGAGACGAGCCCUGUGUUCCAUCAGUUCUUGGAUGCAACUUAUCAGCUGCUUCAUCAGCAUCCGACACGAUUUGAGUUUAAUGAGCGUUUCCUGCGGCGACUUCUUUAUCAUCUCUAUUCCUGUCAAUUUGGUACAUUCUUGUUCAACAGCGAGAAAGAACGUGUGGAUUGCAAGGCCAGUGAACGAACCCGUAGCGUCUGGGACUACUUCCUCGCUCGCCAGGAACAAUUCACGAACCCUCGAUAUGACCCUGUCAUCGAUGACAAUCAGCGUGGCAAGGAACGACUUAUUUUCCCCCGGGUCAAUGAAACACGGUGGUGGAAUGAGGUAUUCGGUCGAACUGAUGCAGAGAUGAAUGGCCCCCGUUCCUCAGCAACAUCCAGAAUCAUCCCGAAAAGUACGGUGCUGACUGGUAUUGAGACUGCUGGGCCAGAGAGUGCUGGUAACCUGACGGAUGUGUCGGGGAUGACAGCUGCAGUCACGUCGGGCGUAUCUAAGCUUGCAUUCUCAGCGGGCACGGACAGACCGACCGAGUUAGAAGUAGAGAUGCAAUGA